AUGGGUCUCUUCUCCAAGCGUACUGAGACCGAGGCCAUGACCGCUGGUCAGGUCGAGUCGACCGCUGGCAACCAUGAGCUUCCUGCNCCUGCCGGCAAGGUCACUUUCAUGGCCAUCUUCAUGGGUCUCGUUGCCUCUAUCGGUGGUUUCAUGUUCGGUUAUGCUUCUGGUCAAAUCUCUGGUAUGUCUAAAGCUCCUUCAAAGUUCCCCAAGCUCCUUGCUAAUAUCUCUCAAGGUUACUGGCAAAUGUCCGACUUCCUUCGCCGUUUCGGUCAACAGAACCCCGAUGGUACAUACUACUUCAGCGCUUACCGCCAGGGUGCCAUCACUGCUCUUCUCUGUGGUGGUGCCGCCGUCGGUUCCCUCAUCGCUGGUAGACUUGCCGAUGUCAUUGGCCGCAAGUUCUGUAUCUCGCUCUUCGCUUUCUGGACUGCCAUCGGUGUUGUUAUCGAGAUUUCGUCCAUGAACUCCUGGGGCCAAUUCGCCGCCGGUCGUUUCGUCGACGGUAUCGGUAUCGGUGCUCUCUCCGUCGUCGUCCCCAUGUACCAGGGAGAGUCCGCCCCUCGUGUCAUUCGUGGUGUCCUUAUCGCUUGCUACCAGCUUUUCGUCACCCUCGGUAUCUGGACUUCUUACAUGAUUGACUUCGGCACCCACGACGCCUACUCCAACAGCGCUCAGUGGAGAAUCCCCGAGGGUAUCUCUUUCCUCUGGGCCUUCGUCCUUGGUGUUGGUAUCCUCUUCCUUCCCGAGUCUCCCCGUUUCGCCUACCGUGCCGGUCGUGAGGACGAGGCUCGCAACACCAUCGCCCGCUACGCCGGUAUUGACCCUGAGCACAAGGAGGUCAGCGACCAGAUCAGCGACAUCCGUGUCAAGCUCGAUGAGGAGAACGCUGCCGUCGGUGCCAAGUGGUACGAGUGCUUCACUGGUCCCCGCAUGGCUUACCGUACUAUCCUCGGUAUGACUCUCCAGGCUGGCCAGCAGCUUACCGGUGCCAAUUUCUUCUUUUACUAUGGUACAACCAUCUUCCAGGCCACUGGUCUCAGCGACUCCUACGUCACCCAGAUCAUCCUUGGUACUGUCAACGUUGUCUGCACUUUCGGUGGUCUCUACGUUGUUGCCAAGUGUGGUCGCCGCAAGGCUCUCAUUGUUGGUGCUCUCUGGGCCUUCGUCUGCUUCAUGAUCUACGCCUUCGUCGGUUACUUCAAGCUCCCUCCUUUCGCCAAGGAGAACAACCAGGCUGCCGGAAGUGUUCUGAUCGUCUUCACCUGCUUGUUCAUCGUCUCGUUCGCCACCACCUGGGGACCCCUUGUCUGGGCCGUCGUUGCUGAGCUGUACCCUGCCCGCUACCGCGCCACCUGCAUGGGUCUCGCCACUGCCUCCAACUGGAUCUGGAACUUCUUGAUCUCGCUCUUCUCCACCGUCAUCGUCGACGACAUUCACUGGUUCUUCGGUCUUGUCUUCGGUGGCUGCUGUCUUGGUCUUGCCGCCAUUGUCUACUUCUUCGUCAUCGAGUCCAAGGACCGUUCGCUCGAGGAGAUCGACACCAUGUACAUCCUCCACGUCAACCCUAUCACCUCCUCCAAGUGGGACGGUUCCAAGGUCCCCGAGGAUGCCUACGCCUCUGGUGUCGCCGAGCAGGGCAAUGUCCCUGUCUCCCGCAUUGCCUCCAAGGCUGAGGAGGAGAAGUAA